UUCACUGUCAGACAGACAGCAAGGGGGAAGAGCUCACCUCCGUCUACAUAACAGUGCUGGGAAACACAAUUGUGAUGGCUGUAAUAUGCUUGGAUCGUAAUCUGAGAACUCCAAAAUAUAUUGCAGUUUUUAAUUUAGCAUUUGUGGAUCUGUUUGGUAACUCUGCUCUGGUGCCGAAGCUUCUUGACAUCUUCCUGUUUAACCAUCGUUACAUCCCCUACAACGACUGCUUGGCGUUCCUUUUUUUCUGCUACACCUGCCUUUCAAUGCAGGCUCUUAAUCUGGUUGCACUCUCCUAUGACAGACUGGUGGCUAUCAUCUUCCCAUUGCAUUAUCAAGUGAAGAUGACCCACAGGUUCAUGCUGUCGCUGAUUGCCGCUUUCUGGGUCUUUGUUAUAAUUGCUGUGCUUAUUGCAAUUGGCCUUCUUACAAGACUUUCCUUCUGUGAGUCUGUGGUUAUUAACAGCUAUUUCUGUGACCAUGGUCAGAUAUACAGACUUUCCUGCAAUGACAGAACUCCAAACUCUGUCAUUGGUAAGUUGUUAUCAGCUCUUAUUCUUUGGUUUCCACUAAUAUUUAUCUUGUUAAGUUAUUCAUACAUUGGCUUUGCACUGUCUAAAGUAGCGACAGUUCAGGAAAGAGUGAAGGCCUUUAAAACCUGCACAGGUCAUCUUUCAUUAGUGGCAAUUUAUUUCCUACCAACAUUAAUCACAUUUACUAUGGGUGCAAAUACACAUCCAAAUGCCAGAAUCAUAAACUUGUCUCUGACCUCCGUUUUUCCUCCCAUGUUGAACCCAAUCAUUUAUGUUCUGCAGACACAAGAAAUCAAAGAAUCUAUAAAAAGGUUAUUUAAAAUCCAACAAUCCAAAAUUACGGUGAAGAAAGUAAUCAUGAAAUGACUGUGUAUAUUUUUGGCCUGUUUAGGACAUGAUGUACAUUACAGUUUGUCAGAGUAAAAUCAAUAAAACAACAGUUAACUAUUUUAAAGAUAGCUAAACAUGGUAAAAACUACAAUCUACAGUGUGACAUUCAAUGAUGUAGAACCUACCAAUGUUAAGACUUUUAUUCUGCUAGUUGGUAUAAUUUGUUUUUACGUGCUUGUAAGACAACUGCAAGGAUAUACUACAAAAAAAUUGUUUCAGCAUAUGUUGUCUAUGUAUUAUCUGAAUUUGUCUUUUUUCAUCUUAAGGUGCAAAAUUAAAAACAUACAAAAAUCA